GUUCCUGAUCAAUCAUCAAUUAAAAUUUAAAAUAUUUAAAAUUUGUUUUGAUAUAUAUUUUUAUUUCGACACUCGGCAAUUAAACGAUUGAAAUAAUUAAAAAAAUGCUUCUGGCAAAUUUGUGACGUGGUUCUAUAUGUUGAGAGUCAGUGCCAUGUAGUGGAAAUUAUUGUAGUGUUUUGUGUAAAUUGUAAAUAAUUCUAAAAAAAUGUCGAUGCCCGGGAACGGUAUCUUGGUUGUGCAGGGCGAGAUGACCAUGCUGGUCACUGCCAUGCGACGGAGUACCCGCUGGGGCUCUCACUCUUUUCCAAAUGAAGAAUAUGACAUGCUUAUGCGAACCUUUCAAGACCUUAAGACAAUUCUGAAUCAAGUAGACGACUUAAGACUUCUUGAUCCACCAACAUACUUAAGUCCCUUCCUUGAAGUAAUAAGAAGUAAAGAAACAACAGGACCAGUAACUAGUCUUGCUUUAUCAUCAAUACACAAAUUCUUAUCAUAUGGUAUAAUAGAUACAACACACCCAAGUGUACCUGCUACUGUGGAAGACAUAGCAGAUGCUGUAACUCAUGCUAGAUUUGUUGGCACUGAUCAUUCAUCUGAUGGAGUGGUUCUUAUGAAGAUUCUACAGGUACUUCGGACCCUCAUGCUGAGUCCAGAGGGUGUGAUGUUGACAGAUGAUAGUGUAUGUGAAAUAAUGCUAAGCUGCUUCAGAAUUUGCUUUGAGACAAGGCUAACAGAAUUGCUACGUCGUAACGCGGAACAGUGUCUGCGGGACAUGACUCAACUAAUUUUUAUGAGGCUGCCACAGUUCUCGUCUGAAGACUCUCAAACAUCCUUCACUAGUGUGGGCCUCUCCCUCAAGAGGAGAGAUAAAGUAAAGAAGAAAAUGUUAUCAACCGCUAACAGUACCAAUUCUCUGGACAGAAAGUCUCCUGUCACGGAAGCCGCGAUCGCCGAAACCCCGACCGACACAGACACCAACAAAACUCAAGCAAUAAUUGCACAAAAUCAAGACAAAAACCUAAUCAACGAGGCAGAAAUAACGAUAGAGCCACUGGAGGGCAUAAAAAGUCCGAAAAAGCACGGUCGUCACUCCUCCAUGGACCUAGCCAACGAGAACACGCCCAUCAGCCAGCUGUUGGAGCGAUGCGUGCAGAGUGCUGAAGAGAAGACUCAGGCCGAGAAAGUAGAGGAGAUUGAGAAGAUAGAGAAGACAGAUGUUGGAGAAGGAGUACCUGAAGUGGAUCCUCAAAGCGAAGAAGAGAGAGACAAAGUGACCCAAGACGACAAAAAUAGUGGGGAGGUACCGAAGAGUGAGAAGGUGGAGGAGUACGUGAAUCACAGAGGGAUACGGUUCACUGCACAAGACGAUUCUACCAGUCUCCAGCCGUAUGGAGUUGGCUGUGUUCGAGAGAUAUUCCGGUUUCUGAUCUCGCUGUGCAACCCCCUGGACCCGCAGAACACCACUGCCAUGGUCCACCUGGGGCUCCAGCUGGCGGCCAUAGCCCUGGAGGUGGCGCCCGACCAUCUGCAGCGGUAUCCCACCCUGCUACACCUCGUCAAGGACCCGCUUUGUAGAAAUCUGUUAAGUCUCUUAGACACAGAACGGAUAUCAAUAUUUGCAUUGGACCUGCAAAUAUGGUUCCUGUUGUUCGAAGCCCUAAGAUUCCACCUCAAGUAUCAAAUGGAGGUGUUCUUCAAGAAGAUCAUCGAGAUACUGUCUGCAGACACCAGCAAGGCAAUAUACGAGCUGAAAGAGAUCCACCACAUCACGUUGGAGCAUCUGACACAAAUGUUCAGAAUACCCGGCUUGUGUACUGAAAUAUAUCUCAACUUUGACUGCGAUGUGUACUGUAUCAACGUUUUUGAAGAACUAACUAAGUUACUCUCUAAGAAUGUUGUUUCAUCGACUGCAUAUAACAUUCAUACACUUUCCCUGGAGGUUAUAAUGACUAUAAUUGAGGCUAUAGAGACCGGGACGUCUCAGAAAGACGUGGAGAAGAAGAGUGACUAUGUGUCGCUGGAGCUGGGAGUUGAGGGGGGGUUGGAUGAACAGGAGACUAGACAUGGGGAGUACUUCCUGGGGAGAGUAGGCAGGCAGGUGCCGUGCGGAGAACUUCCUACUGAAGCAGAGCUGGACAAUAUUAAGAAUAUGAAAAAGUGGGUGACCCAAGGAACAGAACUGUUCAACCAGAAACCGGAGCGCGGCAUCGAGUUCUUGCAGGAGCACGGCGUGUUAGCCACGCCCCUAGACCCUCAUCAGGUGGCCACCUUCCUCAGGGAGAACCCCGAUCUCGAUAAGAAGAUGAUCGGUGAGUACAUCUGCAAGCGGUCGUCGCGCGGUGAGGAAGAAGACGGCGUGAGCGUCCUGACCGCGUUCGCUAACAGCUUCGAGUACCAGGCGCUCCGCAUCGACCAGGCGUUGCGGCUCUACUUGGAGACCUUCCGGCUGCCGGGAGAGGCGCCGCUCAUCUUCCUCGUGAUGGAGAAGUUUGCGGAGCGCUGGCAUUCGACAAACGGGUCUCCGUUCGCCAACACGGAUGCGGCGUUCCGUCUCGCGUAUGCCGUGAUCAUGCUCAACAUGGACCAGCACAAUCACAACGCGAAGAAGCUCAACGUGCCCAUGACUGUCGACGACUUCGUGAAGAACCUGCGCGGCUGUAACGGAUCCGGGGACUUCCCCACCGACAUGCUCAGGGAGAUCUACUACUCUAUCAGUAACGAGGAGAUGGUAAUGCCGGCGGAGCGGUCCGGAGCCGUGCGAGACGCGUACCUCUGGCGGGUGCUGCAGCGGAGGGACAAGUCGAGCGCUGCGCUCUACCGCAGCGCCCCGCCUCGUCACACCUUACACGCACGUCUGCUGCCCGCUGCCUGUCCGCCCGCGGUGUCAGCGUUGUCGGCGGCUUUCGAGCGUGCCAGUGCUCCGAGCGGAGACGAGCCGGACGGUAGCGCGCUGGUCGCACUCAGCGGGCUGGAGAGAUGCGCCGCGCUGGUGGCCCGCCUCAGUGCCGCCGAGGACUCCCUCACUGUGGACUCUCUGCUUCUCACGCUGUGCAAGUUCACCGGACUCCUAGCUCCGCAGCACGCUACCUACAUCGCUAUCGGAGUGUCACUCGGGCAGUCCGCCAAGAGUCGCGCGGCGCUCUGUCGCGCAUGCGCCGUGUGGUCGCGGCACGGGGCGUACGCACGCGACAGCUGGCGACAUCUGCUCGAGAUCACGAAGACGCUUUACAUCGGACGACUGCUGCCGAAGUGUUUGAUGGAGGCAGAAGACUAUCUCUCUCCCAGCGGUACGGUGUCUCUGGUGCGAGAGGCAAGCCGCGGCACAGACUCCGGUCUGCUAUCCAGCAUUUACUCCUACAUAGCGCUGGGAGAAUCAGGUGUUCGCGCGCCGAGUGUGCAAGAACGCGCCCUGAUAGACGCAGCGCGGGAGUGUGUUCAAUCGUGCAACCUCCCAGCUCUACUAAUCACCGAAACCAAGUUCCUGCCCCUCGAAGCACUGCAGGAGUUAAUCCGUGCUUUCGUGACAGUGGGCGCGCCCCCUGACCCAGAUAGCUUGCAGUUGAACCCACAGCUCGAGGACAUCACUAUAUUCUUCUUCGAGUUGAUGGGUCAGACUCUCAUCCAAAAUCGCGACCGAGCGUGCAGCGUGUGGCCGGAAGCAGGUGGCCACUGGGAGCGGGUGGUGUGGUGGAGCAGCUCGUGCGGCAGCCACGCCCUGCAGCGCGUGCUCACCGCCCUGCUGCGUACCGCGGCUCGCCUGAUGCGCUGCGAGCAGUGCGCCGCCGCCGUACUCAACAAGCUACAGAUGCUCUUCCAACUGCCCUACAAGCUGUUCUACCAGAACGCCGAGCUGAUAUCGUGCGGCGUGUACGAGAUCGUGAAGACGUCUGCGCAGAACGUGCACACGAGCGCCGAGUGGAGUGCACUACUGGCGUUGCUAACUGCGGCCGGCGCGGGGGCGUGGCCUAGCUCCGCAUCCGUCGCCGUCGGAUCCGCCGCAGCUUCCAGUCGGUCGGAUGGAUCUGAGGAUGAGAGUGAUCGGCUGCCCACGAGCGUAUCCUCCGAGAGCGAUCUUUCGCAGUCACCACAGAGUCAAGGAUGGGUUAUGGUGGGGAGGUCGCCAGUGGACGGCGGGGCGGAGGCCGACCCGUGUCCGUCUCGCGUGUCGCUGCGUGGUCACCGCAGCGCCGCGCUCGCUCGCUGCACGGAGGCGCUGGCCCUCGUGAUCCGCGACGUGGCGCACGUGACACCGCACAACUGCCGCGCCGCCGUGCGUGCGUUACGUCUGCUGGCCGCCGCCACGCUGCAAGCGGGUAAAUCAAAGUUAGAGACGUCUGGGUCGCGGCGAAGUCGUCGCGGCGGGGCGACGUCGGCAGAGGGCUCUGGUGAUGAAGACUCACCCGACCAGUACCACCUGGUCAGCAUACAGCUGUUAGACCUAAUGCACACACUGCACAGUCGAACCGCGCAGAUAUUUAAAUGGUGGAAAGACGAGGCGGAACAAACACAAGGGGCAGAAGAAUACGACUUAUGGGAGGUGGCGUGGAAGCCGCUGUUACAAGGCAUUGCUGAGUUCUGCACGGAUAGAAGGAAACAGGUGUCAAACAAUGCGAUCGCGUAUCUUCAGCGCGCGCUCCUGGCGCCGGCUUUGAGCCAGUUGGGAGGAGCAGGCUGGGAGGCGUGCUUCUCUCACGUGCUGCUGCCGCUGAUGACGAACACGCCGCGCCGCCCGGACACGGCCGCGCGCGCUGACACGCUCAUGUGCAAGGUGUUCCUCCAACACCUGCAAGUGCUGGGCGGACGGCCGACGUUCUCGUCGCUGUGGACCAAGAUAGUGCGCGUGCAACAGUCGCUGCUGUCGUCGGACGCCGAGCCGCUGCGCGAGGGGGCGCUCGAGUCGCUCAAGAACAUGUUGCUCGUCAUGCACAGCGUCAAAAUAUUCAACAACGGUGAGUGCUACAACGAGCUGUGGUACAUGACGUGGGACAUCAUCGGAGAAUUUCAGCCUACCCUCAAACAAGAGCUCUUCCCCGAUGUGAACGACAACACAAGACCAACACAGAACCUGCCGAGUCACAUGCAGCCGGCCAUACCUCACUCCCUCCCAACUCUCAUCCCCGUCGGAGCAAAUAGUACGAACAAUCAUCCACUAACUGACACAAACAGACAAUCAGUAGUAAACCAAUCAAAUGCACAAUCUAGUCCAAUACACAUCCAAUCAAAUAUCCUUGUAGGUCCGGUGGCCAACUCUCCUGUUAAUUUAAUUCACACGCCGCCAAGCGGGCCCACUUUGAUAGCUCCGACACCCAUUACGGCAGUACCCGGACAGGCUUAUGCUAGUUUUAGCCCAGUUAGAUCCAGUGGACAGAACGUGGCUCCAAUCAAUCGAGUAUUAUCACCGGUGUCGUCUAUACCAAUCAGCGGUAUGGUACCAAUCAGAAAUCCUUUGUACGACCAAUCAGGGCUCACCUCUUCUGUGUUGCUACAGCCACUUAACGAGAUGAUCUCUACAUCGAUCGGAAUAUCUAUUCAGACUCAACCAACGGACCAAUCACUUGAAACAAAAAAUGUGGAAGUUACGUCUAAUCAAGUCAACGAAAAUCAAGACAAAGAAACCAUACCAAUCGAGUCAGUUACACAUCAAUUAAGAGAAAUAAAACCAAUUGAAUCAACAAUCCAUCAAGGUCUGGCGGCAGCAUCUAUAAAUACUACCAAUCAAUUGACAGAGACUUCAAACCAAUCACUUAUGAUCAAUCAGGACCAAGCAAAAUCAAGUGACGUAUUAUCUAAUCAAAUAGAUCUUGGCAUGGACGCUCAAUACAAUCAGUCAUUAUCUACAGAAAUGACACAAACCAAUCAGUUAUUGCAAAACAAACCAAUCAUAGAUGAGAACGUGCAAAGUGGUGAAAUAUUCGCCGAGUACAUAACAAACCCGUACAACGACGUCACAUCGCAACUGUUCGACCCCGAAGAUAACACCAGAAUCCUCAAUUCUGAAAUCCAGAAGUCGUUCAGUGCCAAUGUGACACCUAUGCAUAGUGCGAAUAAGACUCAGUUCGGCUCUACGGACAAUGUAAAUCAGUCGAGUAUAUUCAAUUUCUCAAACUAUUUUGGCUCACACGUCGCUGGUUCGGAAGUUUUUGAUACUCUGAUGUCGACGCAAGAGGGAUAGCGGUGGGAUGUCGACAUCGGCACAUGGCUUUAGGCACCUGUACGCGUUUUACGACUGCCACUCGAGACUAUAAUUAUACGAUUAGUCGAUUACUACAGUCGCUAAAGAUGGAUAAUUUUCGGUCGUUGACCUUAUAGUCGGAGAGCUGCAAAUCAAUUUGCGCAGGGUGAUAUUAAUUAUAUCAAAGUCUAUUAUUAUUUCUGCUAGGUAUUUAUUUUUAUAUUGAGAAAGUUUAGUUUAUUCUUGUUUUGUAUUAUAUUGAUAAAUAAUAUGAAUAGUAUAUAGUAAUAAUGAUGUCUCAAAAAAAUCCAACGAAUGACGAGAAAUAGUUAAAAUAUUAAUUUAAA